AUGAUAUUGAUGGUGGUGGUUUUGUCGAUGCAAGGAGGAUUUGGAAUAAGAUUUGUUUUAGACAAAGAAGAAUGUGUUUCGUACAAUGUUGAAUAUGAAGGUGAAACUGUCCAUAUCUCCUUUGUUGCCAUCAAAGUUGAUGCUGCUUGGCAUUAUGGUGACGAUGGGAUCGAUCUCACGAUAAAAGGGCCAUCGGGCAAUCCAAUUCAUGAAUUCCGAGACAAGAAGAGUGAGCAGUACGAGUUUCUGGCUCAUAGGAAAGGGGUAUAUCGGUUUUGCUUCAAAAACAAGUCACCUUAUCAUGAAACCGUAGAUUUCGACGUUCAUGUUACUCAUUAUUAUUCUAAUCAACACGCAAAGGAUGAACAUUUUAGACCAUUGUUCGAACAAAUCUCGAAGUUAGAAGACGCUCUGUACAACAUUCAAUUUGAACAGCAUUGGUUACAGGCACAAAGUGAUCGCCAAACAUUUGUUAACGAAGGUAUGAGAUGGGGAGCUAUCCAGAAGGCGAUUUUGGAAGCAGUAGCGCUUAUUGGAUCAAGCGUUCUUCAAGUUUACCUUCUUCGACGGAUUUUCGAGCGUAAGCACGGAAUAUCCAGAGUCUAA